CCCUCCACGCUCCACGCUCCACCCUCCACCCUCCGCCUUCCGCCCUCUUUUCCUCUUCUACUCUUCUUCUCCCCGCUUCUUUUCUCUCUUUUUUCCUUCGAUUUUCUUUUUUCUUUUUUAAUUCUUACCAGACUUUGUUCUUGGAAAUCCCAUUCCAUUCUUCUCUUUUUUGAGGAGAAGUACAGAAUCGGGGUUGGAUUGGAAUUUGUUUUCCGUUAAUUGCGGUGAGAUGAUAUCGGAAACUGAGGUUUGAGGGGGGACAGGUUUGGCAGCGAAGAGCAGGGGUCAAGGGCCGUAGAGUUCACCAGUUAAAGUAAGUCCAGUAUAGAAUUUACACGAUGAAGAAAUUGUUCUUUUUCAGAUCUUCAGCACCUAGCAAUGGCAGUUCUGAAGUUUCCCCAUCCAAAACAGAAAAACAAGAUAUCACAGGUCAGCCAUUUGAAGGUACUGGUCUAAGACGAAGUCGCUCACUGUCUUCAGCAUCAUUGCUUGAUAGUGGGAAGCAUAAGAGUCCUUCUGGGUCAAAGGAUAAAAAUAGAUCUCCGUAUGGUAACUUCAUUGACACUUCAGAUCAGCAAUGUGAACGUUCUAACCGCUGUCAAACACUACCAUUAAGAAGACAGUGUAGAGAAAAAGAAUUUGAGAUGCCAUAUAAUGAUUAUGGAGCUGUACCAGAGAGGCCUUGUUCAGUAUCUGCUGCUUCAAGCCGAAGUUAUGGUGAUUCUUCAGGAAAUUCUUCCACUUCCUCUAGUAAUGUCUCAAGCAAAAUCUUGGAUCGAUAUAUUGAUGAUGGAGAGCAACAGGAAGAAUCGAGGAAACCCCAAAAGAGUAUUCCUCCUAAAAAUCACCCUGGACAUGGCAGUGGGAGGCGCCCUCCGCGUGGCCGAUGUACAGCACCCACUUCGCCAAAAUAUGUUAUUGAUGAAAAGACAAUGAAUCAUCCGUUUGAAGAAUUUCCAAGUUCAAACUAUCACUUCUUUCCUGCAAAGCAUGCUGAAAAUGGAUUUGGGCAUGAAUCUCCAAGGACCAUAGCAAAGAAUGUCAUUGAGAGACUCUCCCAAUCGCAUGGAAUUCCUAAAACAAAUCUAAAGGGAUUUGACAACAGUAUGCCACCAAUCACCGUAGAAGAUAUAGAUGAUAGAUCCUCAGAUGAACAUUAUGGUUCCAAUGUGAAUCCACAGAAAUUCUAUUCAGUAAAUGAACCUUUUCAAGCUAUUAAUAGAAAUGACAUGGAGGGCUCUGGUUUAGAUAGACAUAACUUAAUAAAUCAUAAUGAAGUGUUAAACCUUGUUGAAACUGAAGAGGAUAUGGAUGGGGAACUCAAGAGGAGAAUCAAGGUGGCAAAGGAGAGAGUCAUGCGGUUCAGAGAAGAACGUGACCGUGAAAGCUUUCUUCAACUGAGGACAGGAGUUUCAGGUUUGAUUCAAAUAAUUAGACAUAUGACUGAGGAGAAAAUGAGCUUAGCACUUGAGGUUUUAAGUCUUCUACAGUCCCAAAUUACUGAAAGGGAUUCAGCAAAGGAAGAACUGCAACUGGCAAAGGAAAUAUUGGAUUCUCAAACUAAAAGACUGGACAGAGAAAAAUCUGAAUUGCAGUCAGAACUGGAGAAAGAGCUUGACAGGAGGUCGAAGGACUGGUCAGUAAAGCUUGAAAAGUACCAGUUUGAAGAACAAAGGCUGCAUGAAAGAGUUCGAGAGCUAGCAGAACAGAAUGUAUCUCUACAAAGGGAAGUUUCUCUUCUAAAUGAGAGGGACGUGGAGAAUAGAAGCAUGAUGUCAAAUUCAGAGCAAAAAGUGAAGGACAUGACUGUCAUGGUGGAUAAAUUACGGGAUGAAAACCAAGUUUUGAUGCAGAAUCUCUCCAACUUGCAGGAUAAGUACAAAACUGCUAAAGAAGAUAGAGAAACAUUCAAGAGAAACUUUGAGGAGAAGGAUAAGGAAUGCAAGGAACUGUAUAAAGCGACGACAAGGUUAACGAGGUCUUGCUGUGACCAGCAGAAAACAAUCAGUGGAUUGCAGGAAAGGUUUAAUCAUGAAUUAGGGGAGAACACAGAAAUUGAAAGGUUCGAUAAGCAUGUGGCGAAAUUGCAGAUGGAGCAAAUAAGGUUAACUGAAGUAGAAUUGGGAUUGAGAAGGGAAUUAGAAUCUUGCAGGUUUGAAAUUGAUUCCCUGCGGCAUGAGAAUAUAAGCUUAUUGAAUCGCUUAAAGCAUGGGAGGGAUGAGAGUGCUUUAACCAUCAAGCUGGAUGAAGAAAUGUUAGCACGUGUCGAUUGUCUACAACAUCAAGGGCUAACAUUGUUAAAUGAAAGCUUCCAGUUAUGUGCAGAAUUAUUUGAGUUCACAAAGGAGAAAGUUCAUUGGCUUUCAGAUAGUAUGCAGGGGAUGGAAGUGGUGAAAAACAACUUGGAUGGGAUAUAUUUUGUUGAAUCUGAGAUGAAGCUUCAAGGAUUGAAGCGUGGAAUUGAAAGCUUAAAACGAAGUCUGAAGAUAGCAUCGUCAUUGUUGCAUAAGAAAUCCAACCUAGCAGCUUCAGAAGUCCAUUCUCAGUAUGUUGAUGCAGAUGAGUCGAUGCAAUUAAAUUGUGAAGCUACAGAGGAUGUUGUAAAAUCUGAGCUCAAAGCAGAAAGAUUACUAACGAAUCUGUUGAGAGAGAAACUUUACUCUAAGGAGCUGGAAAUCGAGCAGCUCCAAGCUGAAAUUGCAACAGCAGCUAGAGCAAACCACAUUCUUAAAUGUGAAGUACAAAGUGCACAAGACAACAUAUCCUGCAUUACACACAAGCUUAAGGAUCAAAAACUUCAGAUCUUGAAAAGAGACGAGAAUGUGAACCGGCUACAAAAUGACCUUGAUGAAUCUACUACAGAAUUAGCGAUAAUUAGAGGAACUGUGCCAAAGAUUUCAGAGGAGAGAGAUAUUAUGUGGGAUCAAGUGAAACAAUAUAGUGAAGAGAAUAUGUUACUUAACUCAGAGGUCAAUCUAUUGAAAAAGAAGAUUGAAACUCUUGAAGAAGACAUACUUCUGAGGGAAGGUCAGAUUACAAUCCUCAAAGACUCUCUGAGAAACAAAUCUUUCGACCUUCUCGGCAAUAUCGAAUCCAUAGACGAAUUUCUGAUACGAUGAUACCAAGAGAAUCAGGCUUAUAAUCAUUAGAUGAUCUCACUGUUCAUAGUCAUAAUUUUUUAAGGUGCUUUGCCUCUUGAUUUUUUUCCUUUUUUUUUUCUUUUUCUGGCACCUUCCUUUCUGAUUUGAAUCUUCUCCACCAUUUUUUCUCUCUUUGUUUUGGUGAUUUUAAGUGUAGAGCUUUAAGAUGGCAAUCUUAUGUGUUUUUGUUACCAGAAGAAAGGAGUUGGUGAUGAAAAUAUAUAGAUUAUAUAAUCAUGGAGAAGAUUCUGUCUGUAAUUAUAAUCAUAUUUAUAUUUGGUGUGUAAGAUAACAUAAGAACCCUUCAAAUGUUGAUAGAAAAGAUCACUGCCCCAUUAAUCAGUGACAAACAAUCAAAUUGGGGAUGAAAAUUAUAGCAUCACCCAUAAGUACAAUUACAUUUGGGAAGAAA